AUGGCUACCGGCUCCUCAGGCGAGAUCCGAAGGGGAUUCCUCAAGUUCAGUGGUGACCCAGGCGACUACGUCGGCUGGCGAACCCUGCAGACCUCGUUGUUUAUGAAGGACAAGCUGCACAAAGUUCUGUUGGGAGUGGAGAAAGCCCCUUCGAAUCCCGGACCUAGUGCUAUGCAGGACCAGACUUCGGCAUACCAAUCUGCCCUGGAAGGAUACCAGGACGAAAACGGACAGAUCUUUACACGGCUGAUGCUCGCCACAUCUGAAACCGGGGGCUACCAGAGCGCGGCCUCGCAGACUGUGCAGGCAUACGCGCCUAUCGGGUCUUCCCACAACGGAGAUAGUCUUACUGCGGACCACGACUUUGACCCGGCCAAUGUUAUUCAAGACAUGCGCCGGAUCUGCACGGAGCUCGCCGUUUAUAACGACACUGUGGCUGACCACCGAAAGACGUCACUACCGGACGACAAAUACAAAGAGUUCAAGACAGGACUACUGUGCGGCCAAGCUACCAGGAGCGUCGUGUCCUUGGAGGAGGUCGCCGACCGAGCCACUUUGUUCCACGCGAUGCACAUUCGUGCGCGUUGGACGAGGACGGGCAGCUGGAACAACUCGUCGAACCGUAACAACGGGUCCACAAGGGGGAACAACAGCAACGACCAGAACCAUGGCGCGACUUCUGGCGACGGAGCUGGUGCGUCUUCCGACAACCGGUCCUCUGGACGGCCGAACCACAUGCAGCAAGAACGCGGGUACAACAGAGACGGCGUAUGCAGUUACUGUCACAAUUCUACGGAACACACCUGGACGAAUUGCCCGCUUCGCACCUCCAACGCCACGCGGUUUUCGAACCGUGAACAUCAACCGCAGCAGCAGGUCAACACGACCGCGGAAGCCACGACACAGGCGUGGCUCACGCACGCACGCGCGGUAGACCUCACGCUGGAAUCAUUCGACAUCGCCGUAGGCGAUCCCGAGCAGGUGCCGUUUGCGCCUGCUGCAUCGACCCCUGAGGAGGCGUCCGAUGCAAAGGUCGGGCAGGUGCUGGCUGCGCCUCCCACAGCUUCGCUACAAUUGUUGGAGCGUGCUGCCCCAUUGCAGGUGCCGAUUGCGCCUGCCACAGCAAAGGAAACCGAGGAGCCUGCUGCCUCCUACGAGCAGGAAAAGGACCCGCCUGCCGCGAUACAGCAUAAGGAGCUAGUCGCGUACACCAACAUUCUUCGAGCAGUGGACAAGACAGCGCCCGCCGAGAAUACGAGGGUGUUCAUCGACACCGCCGUUUCGGGACACACAGUAAGCGGCGAGAGCCCCGUCUCACAACAUGUAGUCGACUUGGUUGACUGCGACGUCCGCAUCGAGGGCUCGUGCGGCGCAUCCAGCGCCACCAAGAAAGCUACGCUAAAGUUCAAACUCAAGAAUGGCAAAGGUCAACCCGUCCCGAUAGAGUUGGAGGGUCUGCUUGUGCGGGACCUUGGGGCAAACAUAUUUUCUGUCGGAGCGUUUGAUGACGAGGGGGUGAAGACGGAUCUACUUUCGGCACCUCCGGCCCUGCGAACCCGGAACCUGUCUUUCCCCAUAUCAACAGUAGAGGUGCCUCGAAUGUGCGUCGUGAAUCUCAUCCUGGACGACCUGAAUCUCGACCUGCCUACUUCUCCGCUAGUUUUCCGUGCCGAUACCGAUGCCGGUGACUGGCACCGGAGGAUGGGACAUUGCAAUGCCCGCGCCCUGAAGCAGCUCUCGGAUAGGGAAGGCACCGGCAUCAAGUUCACCAACAAUCGACCAGGUGACUGCGAAGUGUGCGAUCAUAUCGCAAUGUUCACCUACGAUAAGUCUCGCAUGCGGUGGGGCAUCCCCCUCAAGACAAAGGAUGAAGUGACUGUCGCGCUCGAAACCCUCAUUAAGGAAGUCGCCGACCCGGGCGUCUACAUCGGGAAAAUCCUUUGCGAUGGCGCAGCCGACUUCAAGGGUAGGUUCUUAGCAAUGUGUCGGUCCUUCCGGAUUGCUGUGGAGACAAGCCCCCCGUACGUCCCUCAAGGGAAUGCUGUCGCCGAACGCGGUUUCGGGACUGUCAUCGGUGCAGCACGUAGCCUCAUGCUUGGAGCUCCGCACCUGCUGCGUCAAUUGUGGGCGGAAGCCGUGAAGGCCGCCAUUUACAUCAAGAACCGCACACCGUGGCGGCAAUGGGACCCGGCGGAACUACUCAAAAUUACAAACUCUGCUGAACCGUCAUUCCGCGAGGGAGAUGCCCGCGACGUCGCUCGCCCCAUGCACGGGUCAGACCUAUUUCCCGAACAAGGCCAGAUUUCCCAGCCACGCAUUAUCACUGGGGCGGAGACAAGAGACGAAGAACCAGAACUGGCAGACACGAACGACGGACCGGACGAAGAACCGCCCGCGGUGUUCGAAACAGAAUACGCACUGGUGAUCGGAGCUGAGAUCGGGAACCUUGGUCAAGGGAUACCUGGCCAACUAGGAUACAUGCCCGCCGAUCCACCGAACUACCGCGCAGCGGUCAACGGACCAGAUGCCGUUGGAUGGAUGAAAAGCAUGGAGGAGGAGAAUCGCUCCUUACUAGACCACGACGUUUAUGAGUGGGUCGAUCCCCGGCGCGAUGCUCGAAUCAUCCCGUCAAAAUACAUCUACGAAUGGAAGUACAACGAGGCCGGCAUCGCUGACGGCGUUCCUCCACGCGAGGAUGGAACCGGGAUCGAAACCAGUGUACAUCAUUCCCCCGGGAGGAUUCUCGUGCGAAAACGAGAGAGCCAGACAAGUCUGGAAGCUCAGAGCGUGGCUUUAGGGGUUGCGUUUUCCCCAAAAGGCUGGUGGGGCACUCUGCACGAUUUUCUCCUGAGGAUCGGAUUUGUUGAGAGCACCGCUGAACCGUGCUUGUACAUCCUGGACGACGGAGAUUUGCUCCUUCUCGUUUAUGUAGAUGACAUUCUGCUGACCGGGGAGGGCGAGAACAAAGUGCUGAGCAAAGUAGAUCAGCUGAAUGAGCGUUUCGAAACGGUGGACCUGGGAGGAGUCAGGUUCCUGCUCGGUAUGGGAAUCAACCGAGACAGAGCCGCAGGGACGAUUCUUUUGGAACAGGAAGCGUACAUCAGCGCAGUGUUGGACAAGUUCGACAUGGCCGACGCGCGUCCGACGACAUCUCCGUCUGAGGCUAGACCGGUGUCCGUCCUGGAGGACGAGGAGUUGUUAGCGGAGGAUACCACAUAUUUCCGCUCCGCCACAGGCUCACUUUUUUAUCUCAGCAGGUGCACAAGGCCCGACAUUACUCACUCCGUGAUGGUUCUGAUGCGGAGUAUGGCGAAAUCAGGUCCGAGGGCGAUGCAGAAGCUCAAACGCGUACUUAGGUACCUGAAGGGGACGAUAUCAAUCGGUGUGCGCUACGGCGAGGAUGCCGAAGAUGGAAACGUCAUUACGGCGUUUGUCGACUCAGAUUUUGCAGGCGACCUAGACAAGGGCUACUACACCACGGGAGUCGUCCUGUACUUCGCUGGUGGACCGGUGGAACGGACGUCAUCCAAGCAAACGGUGGUGACGACCUCUUCCGUUGAAGCAGAGUUCGUGGCUUUGUCGAAAGGGUGCAACAUCAUCAAGUACUUCCGCCAGAACACCAUAAAUCAGACUCAGGAAGAAGCAACCGUGGUGUGGGAGGACAACUCGGGAGCUCUGAAAUUAACUCGCAGCUUCCGUAUCACCCCAAGGACUAAGCACAUUGACGUAAAGUUUUACCACGUAUGGUCGCUGGUAGCUGAUGGAGUCGUAGACGUGAAGCAAAGAUCGACGUCGUAUCAGAAAGCGGAUGUUUUUACAAAAGGGCUGAACCCGUCGGAGUUUCUCCGCGCCCGUGGCAUGCUGUUAGGAGUUUGA